AUGGCUUAUACGGGAUCAAAAUUCAUGGACUUAUCAAGCCCAAAUGGUAUCACUCUGUCUGUCUGUGCGUGUGUCUGUGAGAGAGAGAGAUGUCUUAAGAGAAGCAGCUGGUUACGCCAUGGCUACAACAAGGUAGGCCGUUUGCUUGGGAAAGAAAAUCAAGACUUUCCCAUACUAGAAGGCCGCCCUGUGGGACAACAACAUGCUCAACAAUCCGUCGAAACUUACGAAACGGUGAAAAAUAGCAUCAAGAAGCUCAUCAAGGAGUUCAGGAUAUAUAGAUGGAACCCUGACAAUCCCAACAACAAACCCUUUCUCCAAUCCUAUGGCAUAGACCUCUCUGGCAGUGGCCCCGUGGUUUUGGAUGCAUUGCAGAAGAUAAAGGCAGAGGAUGAUUCGAGCUUGCGCUACAGGAGGUCAUGCUGAGAAGGGAUAUGUGGGUCGUGUAUGAACAUCGAUGGGACUAAUACAGUGGCAUGCCUCACGCCCAUUGAUGCCGACACUAGCAAGCCCACCAUUAUCACCCCUCUCCCACACAUGUUUGUGAUCAAAGACCUUGUGGUUGAUCUCACUCAUUUCUACAAUCAAUACAGUGCUUCUUGCCCUUACCCCCGGUGGAACCCUGAGAAAUUCCUUGGACCUGCCACUUUGCUCCAUGCUUAUCGAUAAAUUUCUGGAAGGUAUGUAAUAUUAUUAAUUAAUUAUAACAUUUUCAUGCUUAAUUGGGCAUAAGAGAAGUCAUAAGAUAGAUUAUAUGUGGCAGCCGGGAUGAAUUUAGGGAUGAAAGGCUGCAAGCAUAAGCAUUGACAGAGGAUAUGUCGAGAUUAUACAAAUGCAGGACUAUAAAGAACUGCAUAGCUUCCUGCCCCAAAAGCCUGAAUCAUGCAGAUGCAAUUCAUAAAAUGAAGACCAUGCAUUUGGUUUCUCAGCCUGUGGAGAAGUUGGAAGCCCAUGAUUAAUGCAUAUCUAUUCCUUAAUACAAUUGUGCUUUGUUAUAUAUAGC